AUGCAGUAUAAAAUUUGUAUUUUUGAAAUCAUUGUUCUGUAUAUUUUGUUUACACAUAUUUUUAAAUGGUAAAUGCUUUAAUUUAAUACUUAAAUCAGAUUAAUGCAAGCUGAAAAUGACCAUUAAUAAGAGAGUUCAAAUAAUAUUAAACAUCUUCGCUAUAAAUCAUCAUAUGUAUGAAGUAUUGCAAAUAUCAUUUCAGUUAAUCAGGAAUAGAAGAAAAAUUUAUGAUGACAAUGAUUUUAGGGAGGUUGUCUAAAAUUUCUACAACUUGGUCUCCGAAAUUAAUAAAGGUUAAGAAUCGGUUUAGCCACUAUUAGUUAAGAAAAUAACAAAACCUCCUUUACGUAAAUAGACUCAAUAAUCGAAAUAAAGAAAUGCUAGUAAAAAUAAGUAACCCACUAAAGAACUUACUUAGUCUAAAAGAGAUGCUCAUUUCAGACCUGAUUAACAAGCCUAAUAAUACUUUAAUUCUUGUUUCAGUCAAUAAAUUAUGAGUCAUCUAUUGCCUAAUUUUGAUUAACCCUAUUGUAAAUAAGUUCCUUUCUUAUAUGAUAAACCAAAACCUCAUCUUAAUUUCAAAAGAAAUCAAAUUCAUAUUCAAACAGCUUAUUAAAUAUAUAUUAAGGAAUUUGGUUCUGGAUUUGUAGAAAGUCAAGAUCCCACUUCAUUUGCUAGAAAAGUUAUGAAUUCCAACUUUAAUUGUAAAGUAAAAUUUCAUUAAGAACCAGACCCAAUAUUAAGAAGAGGAAAAGGAGAGUGACAAAUCAGAGAAAUUAAAUAAGUCUUAUGAAGAUGGCAAAAAGAAACCUUUAAAAGAAUUAGUUCGAGAAUUUUAGAGUGAUUAAUGAU